AUGGACACCGCUUCGAAAUGUGGCAGCGCCGAUAGUACCAGUAGCUGGAGCGACCUCGAAUGGACGCUGCGCAUCGGGUCUAUCGUGCUCCUCACGUGCCUCGCCGCGCUCUUUGCCGGCCUCACGCUCGGCUACAUGUCGCUCGACACCAACGGGCUGCAGAUUGUCAUUGACGCCGGCGACGACCCGGACGCGACACCCGAAGAGAAGAAGAACGCAGCGUACGCGCGCAAGAUCGCGCCGAUCCGCAAGGACGGCCACCUCCUUCUGACGACGAUGCUGUACGGCAACGUCGGCAUCAACUCGAUAAUGGCCAUCGCGAUGGCCGACAUGACCAACGGAGUCAUCGGGUUUCUCUUGACGACGGUGAUCCUCGUCAUCUUUGGCGAACUCAUUCCACAAGCCCUCUGCUCGCGCCACCCGCUGUCCAUUGGCGGCAAGUCGGUGCCGAUCGUCAAGUUCUUCAUGGUCAUCUUCUACAUCGCGGCGCGGCCCGUUGCAUCGAUCCUCGACUACUGCAUUGGCCAUGAGAUUGGCGCUGUCUACUCGCGCACCGAGAUGUCCAAGAUGCUCGAGAUCCACGUCAAGCAGAAGAUGCUCGAUGCGGACGAGACCGACAUCAUGAAGGGUGCCAUGUAUUUCAAGCGCAAGGCCGUCGCGUCCGUCAUGACGCCAAUCGACCGCGUCUACAUGCUGCCCGUGACCACAGUCCUCGACUUGGAGACGAUCAAGAUGAUCUACCACACAGGCUACAGCCGCAUUCCAGUCUACGGGAAGGACCGAAACGACGUCGUCGGGCUCAUCUUUGUCAAAGACCUUAUCUUCGCCGACCCGGAUGAAAAAACAACGCUGCUCAACUUUGUCCACGUCUUUGGCCGCGGUGUGCACCGCGUGUGGCCCGACUCGACGCUCGGUGAAGUCAUGCAGGCGUUCAAGGCCGGCCGGACGCACUUGGCGCUCGUCCAUGACGUCAACAACGACGGUCCGGGCGAUCCGUAUUACGAGACCAAGGGCGUCGUGACGCUGGAAGACAUUGUCGAAGAGAUCCUCCAAGAUAAGAUCUAUGACGAGAGUGAUGAGAUUGACCCGGAGACGCACCGCAAGAACCGUCUCUCGCACCGCAGCUACGACCCGGGCAUGUCGCACCUCUUGGAGGGCAAGCAAGAAGUCAAGUACCUCGCGCGCCCCGAGGCGGAAGCCCUGGCCAAGCACCUCGUGGCCAACGACCCCGUCUUCUCGACCGUCGACAACAACAACACGCCGCUGAGCGAGUCGCAUUUGGCGGCGCUCAUUCUGACCAAGUGCCCCGUGCUCGAGUUUCACACGUCGGACGCGCCCCACGCCGACCUCUUUGUCGAGCACAAGGUCACCAACCACGCGCUCAUCGUGCUCCACGGCCACGUGCGCGUCACCGCCCACGAUGGCGAGGUCACGACCGCCGGUCUCUGGUCGGUGCACGGCGCCAACGCGCUUCUGGUGCCCGAUGGCUCGUACGAGUCGGACAUCACAGUCGAAGUACCUUCCGACGUCUACGUGCGCUGUCUGCGCAUCUCGCACUUGGACUUCCAAGCCACCUUGUACCCGAUGCAAAUCGCGAGCGACGCCAGCGUCCUCCAGCUGCGCCGCGUCGAAAUCAAGAAACCCCGCCCCUACUUGCGUCUGGAGGCGGGCUCUGAGCAUCUCGAGCACGUACGGGAUGCCCUUGGGCUGCUUGCGCCGGGACCGGCGCGGACGACGCUUUGGUAG